GUCCGCGGGCACCGAACCGGCAGACUUCCAAGUGACACUUUCAAAACGACCGGCAAGGCUUGCACGACGAACACGCCAACACCAUCACGAUGCGCCAAACCCAUCCAAGGACUCGACCGUAGUCCGCCCGGAAAGCGGAAACCUACUGCACUCACUAAGCGGUUUCGUGCAUCUGUUCUGUGCGCCGCAACAUGGGACUUUCAGGCCUCCUCGGUGCCGCUGGGGACCGCACAAAAUCAAAGAGUAUCGCCUCGACUAGCAUGACUUCCCUGCCCGCCAUAUCAACGCAUGAAACUACACUCUCCGAGCACAUCGCAGAUGAGGCACACCUGAAGCCUCUCGAUCCGGAACCGCCAGAUCUCCGAGAGCUGAACGCAUGCCUCGAUGCGCUUGCAGCCGUGUUUCCCGAUGUCCAGAUCGAGGUGUUCCGCGAGAUGUUUGCCAGCUUUAGCGGCGAAUCGAGGCUGGAAGUGGUCGCCGACGCGCUGCUGAAGAACCGUGUCUCUUGGGUUAAGGGUCGGUGGAGGGCUACCGCGAAAGACGGCCAGCCCGGGGAGACCAUGGUUCCGAGCAAGGAGAGGUUUAGGAGUCCAGAGUACAAACAGGCUGUCAAGAGCCUCGCGUGGCACGAAUUCAAGGGCUUGUCGCGCUCGACCAUCAACGCGGUCCUGGCUGAGUCCAACUAUUCCUACCUCGACGCUCGCCAGACCCUGGUUGGCUUGUCAUCCAAGUCAUGGCGCUUUACCAUUUCUUCGCUGUUUCUCCGGCGGAAGCCGGUGUCGGCCACCGAGGCAGAGAACCACCCGCUGGUAAUAUGGAGGUCAACGGGCCAGGGAUCGAUAGUGCCCACGCUCAAAUCAACCGGCAACGCGGAGCUCGACCGAGAGCUCUUCGAUGCGCUCAUCCGGCCCCUGACGGAGCGUGCGCGAGCUGACCGCGAAGCGAAGGACCACCAGAUAGCCGUGAAACUCAAUAGCGCCGAGGCAGAGGAGGCCGACGGCCUUAUUGAGUGCGCCUGCUGCUUUACCGAGUCCACGUUUGAGGAGUUCACGGCGUGCAACACACACGGGCACAUGAUCUGCUUCAGAUGCGUGCAGCACGCCAUAACAGAGGCUGUUUUUGGGCAGGGCUGGCAGCGGAGCGUAGACAAGGAGACCGGCACUCUUCGUUGCCCUGCUGUCGACUCGCAGGAAUGUGGGGGCUGUAUCCGUCAGGACGACAUGCAUAGGGCGAUGCUCGAAGAGAGGAACGGAGCCGAGAUCCUGCAUAAACUGGAUCAGCGCCUUGCGGACCACAGCCUUGUGUCGAGCAAUCUGCCGCUCAUCCGCUGCCCGUUCUGCGCCUAUGCCGAAGUCGACGACAUUUACUUGCCUGUCGGCGAGACGGACCUGCGUCUCAAGGUAGACAACAUCAUCAGCCUUAUCUUUAUGCUGUGUGUAGUCUGCUGCAUUCCUGUUCUCUUCCUCCUCCUGCUUCUGUCUUCCGUCAUUGCCAUUGUUGCCAGCUCCAAGGAGACCUUUGGUGACCGGUUCAUGACGGGAUUCCGCGCGGCUCUCGCCCGUCGACGCCGGCGCCGGCGCGGACUGCGAUUCACAUGCCAGAACCCGGAGUGCCAGCGGGCAUCCUGUCUCAACUGUCACAAGGCGUGGGUCGACGUGCACGUGUGCAACGAGUCGUCGCUCGUGGCGCUGCGCACGCAGGUCGAGCAGGCCAUGAGCAUGGCGGUUAAGCGCGUGUGCCCCCGGUGCAACACGUCGUUCGUCAAGACGGCGGGCUGCAAUAAGCUGACGUGUCUCUGCGGCUACAAGAUGUGCUACGUCUGCCGCAAGGACAUUGGCGGCUCGGGCGACGGGCCGGACGUCGGGUACCGGCACUUCUGCGAGCACUUUCGGCCCGAGGGCGACCCGCGGAAGUGCACGCAGUGCAACAAGUGCAACCUGUGGGAGUCGGAGAACACGGACGAGGUGUUGCGCAAGGCCAAGGAGGAGGCGGAGCGCAAAUGGAUGGAGACGGAGCGGCGGCAGUUGUCGCAGGCCGAGAAGGCGUUUUUGGAGACGGGCGUGUCAUCACAGCAGACGACUAGAGCCGUCGAUACGAUCUUGCGCAAGGGUAGGCUGCCGACGCUGGCCGAGUUCUGCGAUAUGGUGGUUGAGAUCGUGUUUGUAUGAUCGGUUAUUACGGAAUAACGCGUUUUGGGAUAUGGGCAUUACGGGGGCGUUUACAGUUUACACAUAGGCAUGCAUCAUUGGCGAAGGAAGUGUUACGGUGAUACCCGGGAGGAUCAGAUGCUGUUGGUAUCCCAUCAAGCAUAAUCAGAGAACAUUCAGAUGAUACAGUGUGUGGUGCUGCAUCUUCUCCAG